AAACAAAAGCAGGAGAAUCGAGGGUUUUUGAGCUAAUUAUAAAUUGCAGCCUCCUCGUCCAGCAUCCCUCUCGCGUGCAGCAGCAGAAGCUUCUACAGACAGAACAACAGAGAAAUUUGGACGAAGAGUUAGGGUUAAUAGGUUUCUCUGUAGGCAGGCAGGAGCUUAAACAACAAAUAGUUAUACAAUGGAGGGGAUCACUGAGGGAGUAAACAACUUAAACAUCACUGAUCCAGCUUCAGCUAACAAGAAGAAUCGUAUUCAAGUCUCUAAUACCAAAAAACCCCUCUUCUUCUAUGUCAAUCUCGCCAAGAGAUACAUGCAGCAACACAAUGAAGUUGAGCUGUCUGCUCUUGGAAUGGCUAUAGCAACAGUUGUUACAAUUGCUGAGAUCUUGAAGAAUAAUGGGCUGGCUGUUGAGAAGAAGAUCACGACUUCCACUGUUGACAUGAGGGAGGAAACAGGAGGGCGGCCUGUUCCAAAAGCAAAGAUUGAAAUAUUGCUAGGGAAGACAGAGAAGUUUGAUGAACUGAUGGCUGCUGCUGCUACAGAGGAAGCAAGAGAUGGAGAGGAGCAAAGCUGAGCUUCAGUUCUCUGAAGUUCCUUUAUUGUGGACAUCUGUAAUGUUUUAUUUUAAAUUGGAUUUUUCAAGUUUAGUAGCUGUUAUAAUAUUUCUUGUAGGAGGUUUUGUAAAACAACAGUACUUCUCUAUUCAAAAUUCAAAUUCGUUUUCAGGCUCUGUUACCGUUAA